AUGUCCUACUGCUGGUUGGUGACUUCAAAUAUCUUACACCCGAUCCUGAAGUCUAUAGCUCCCUACAGCCCCCUACAGGAGCCCCUCCAGCGCCGGAAGGCGUGGGUGAGCCCAGCGUCAGGACCCCCAGGCCACAGGACAGGCGCGCUCCGCCGUACCGGGCGGCAGGCAUUGGGGCCACCGGAUGCUGGACACAGAGACGAGGGCCAAGGACGAGGCCAGGGCCCAGAGGGCCCAGGAGCAGCUCACCACCCAGCCGGGGCCUCGUCUCGGCAGGUCAGCCCCGGUGCCCGACCCAAGCAGUCCAAAGACCACGACGCAACCGAGGAGAGUGAAGUGCCUAAAGCAGCCACUGUGAGGGCAGGUAAAAAGGGGGUAGUGGGGGACGGCGACGGGCAGGAGCAGCCGGUCGGUCGCGGGAGUUUCUCCCACUCUUUUUUUCUCUCCCUGCAGCCAACUCAGCAUGCACCAGCCCUUGAUCACCUUCACAGCUCACCCAGCUCCACUACCAUGUGUAGAUGGACAGUGACACAAGGUGCACCGGUCGCCUGGUUCUCCUCCUGCCUCAGCUGCAGGCCUCCUUCCCACCUCCUCUCCCUCUCAUUCAUCCUUCUGCUCCUCCUGCUUGGACCCCCCACCUCCUCCUCACCACUGCUGGCCACUUUAUCAAUGAACUCUGAACAGAACCACAAUGCUCAAAGGCCGAGCUUUUCUCACUUUUUCAUCUCACAAUCGUCACCUUCUUCAACACCUCCACCUCCGGCAUCCUCGGCGAGGUUGCCCUGGGCGAUCAAUGUGUCAUCAUCGUCCACAGCCAUCGCUGGACGUCACGUGCGGAGCAGCUACAAGCAUCUUCAGGGAGAUGUGCACAAGAGGAAACUGGUCUCCUUCAAAUACUUCUUCCUGCGCAUUGGCGAGAAUGGAGCCAUCAAUGGGACUGAGAAUGAGGACGAUCAAUACUGUGAGUUGGAGAUCAAGUCUGUGGAGGUGGGAGUGGUGGCCAUUAAAGGGCGCAAAAGUAACCGCUACUUGGCAAUCCGCAAGGAUGGACUUCUAUACGGAGCGAAAAAAUAUGGUCCGGACUGUCAUCUAAUAGAGCGCAUCGAGGAAAACAAGUACAACACCUACGCUUCGGCUGAAUGGAAGAACAAGAAAAAGUUUAUGUUUGUGGCAAUCAAUGCCAAAGGAAAGCCAAUUAAUGCGACAAAGACGCGGAAAACAAAAAAAGUCACUCACUUCCUGCCCACCUUAGUGGAGCCAUGACUUUGGACACAAUGGAAACCUUUUACCGUGCAGGUGGAUAAGGUAAAGCCGACAAGAGACAGAUCUGACGCUGCUCUGUAUGAUGCACUGAGGAGGAAAGAAAAUGAAAUCUAUAGACAUUCUGUCACUAUUCGACAAGGACAUUUCAGUUUUUAAAGAAAGAUAUAUCUAUAUACAAUUUGUAUAUUAUUUUCUCUUUUAAGUUAUAACAUACACUGGCACAGUUAAAAUAGGAAAUGAUGUAUGUGCCAAAACACGAUGUAAUAAUUCACAUUUCUAGUUGUGUGCAGUCUAUGACUGAUUUCUAAACAGAAAGGACAGUAAAUAUGUGAAGAAGGGACAAAAACAAAGGUUUCCAAGGAAACAUGACAGUAAGGAAGGACGCAAAAGGACAAUGGAGACAGAAGAAACCUGUCUGGUCAAAGCACCAACACAAAUCUAACAUUAUCAUGUUUUGUUUUUUUCAGAUUUAUUUAUUUUAUGUGCUAUUUAACAAAAAAAACAGAACCAAAAACACAAAAGAUCUAUUGUAAAGCUAUUUUCUGUUUUGCUGCCAUUUAUUCUUCUCUUUUCUAUACUAAUCCUUUAAGCCUAAAUAAAUGUAAAGAAUAUAUUUGUCUUUAA